AUGGUCCAAAUUUUUAAAACCAAAAAAGCUAAUAACAGAAACUUUACUUCAAUAUCAAAAUCCAAAGGGCUUACUUUUCUUCACGAUGCUAAAUCGCAAGUGAUUUACAGAGACUUUAAAGCUGCUAACAUUCUACUCGACGCUGAGUUCAACGCUAAACUUUCAGACUUCGGUCUAGCUAAAGCAGGUCCUACCGGUGACAGGACACAUGUUUCCACUCAAGUCAUGGGUACUCACGGCUACGCAGCCCCUGAAUAUGUAGCCACAGGUCGAUUAACAGCUAAGAGUGAUGUAUACAGUUUUGGUGUGGUACUACUGGAAUUACUCUCGGGAAGAAGAGCUGUGGACAAAUCAAAAGUGGGAAUGGAACAGAGUCUAGUGGACUGGGCAACACCGUAUCUCGGUGACAAGAGAAAGCUCUUUAGAAUAAUGGACACGAGAUUAGGCGGUCAGUAUCCUCAGAAAGGAGCUUACACGGCUGCUAGUCUCGCACUGCAAUGCUUAAACCCUGACGCUAAACUCAGACCGAAAAUGUCAGAUGUUUUGGCAAAACUUGAUCAGCUUGAGUCAACUACUACUAAACCUGGAAGUGGAAUUGGCACCAGACAAGCUCAAACUGAUUCUCCAAGAGGUAUUACUGGAACUGUAACCAGACCAGGUCAGAUUGAUUCUCCGAGAGUUAGUAAUGGAACUGGAGCCAGACAAGCUCAGAUUGAUUCUCCGAGAGGUAGUACUGGAACUGGAACCGGAACCAGACCAGGUCAGAUUGAUUCUCCAAGAGGUAGUAAUGGGACUGGAACCAGACCAGGUCAGAUUGAUUCUCCGAGAGGUAGUAAUGGAGGUGUUGUACAGAAAUCUCCAAGGAGAUAUAGUUAUGAUCGGCCUCUCUUGCACAUAACUCCUAUUGCUUCUCCUCUGCCUUCUUCUCACAAUCAAUCUCCUCGUGUAAGAUAG